GGGAGCAGUAGAGAGGGCCGACUCCCGCCUCCUAGAGGCGCCAGCCCGCCCGUCCGCUCUGCCCGCGCCACGUCUCUAUGGCGGCUCCAAAGGCCGUCCGGGGCAAGGAGCGCGAUGAGCGAGGGCGCGGACGACGACGGCGGCACUGGGGCCGCGGCGCGGUCUGGAGGGGGCAGUCCCGGAGGGGAUGGCUUCGCCCCGUCUGCGCUGGGCACCCGAGAGCAUUGGGAUGCUGUCUAUGAGAGAGAACUGCAAACUUUCCAAGAAUAUGGAGAUACAGGAGAAAUCUGGUUUGGAGAAGAGAGUAUGACUCGACUAAUAAGGUGGAUGCAGAAACACAAGAUUCCAUUGGAUGCUUCAGUGCUUGAUAUUGGAACUGGAAAUGGUGUUUUCCUGGUUGAACUUGCAAAAUUUGGUUUCUCUAAUAUUACUGGAAUUGAUUACUCUCCUUCUGCAAUACAGCUUUCUGGAAAUAUUAUAGAGAAAGAAGGUUUAUCUAACAUUAAGUUGAAGGUAGAAGACUUUUUGAAUCCUUCCACAAAACUGUCUGGAUUUCAUAUUUGUAUUGACAAAGGGACUUUUGAUGCCAUAAGCCUUAAUCCUGACAAUGCAGUUGAAAAGAGGAAGCAAUAUGUGAAAUCUCUCUCCAGGGUGUUGAAAGUGAAAGGCUUUUUUCUAAUAACCUCAUGUAAUUGGACCAAGGAAGAGUUGCUAAAUGAAUUCAGUGAAGGAUUUGAACUUUUUGAAGAGCUGCGGACACCCAGGUUCAGCUUUGGAGGCAGAUCUGGAAACAGUGUAGCAGCAUUGGUUUUCCAAAAAACCUUACUUUACUCAGAGCUCUUCCAUCCAGUGAGUUGCAAGCGUGACAUUUGCUGUGUUUUCAGCACCUGCCAACUUGGAAACCAGGGUUUGUGCUCAGGACUUAGGCUUACAACCCACACUUUGUGGUGCACAAUGCCGUCCCAGCUGGCAUGCUUCUUACCUCAAUGGUGCUAGACGUUUGGUUACAAAGCUGUGUAGAUUCACAUGCGCUGAUUUCAAUAGGCAUUCCCCUUCAAGCUGCUUUCAACUCUCAUUUUGUAUCAAAGGAGUUAGAUUGGUAUCAUUAA